AUGGUAGACCUGACGACCGGCCAAGUUGCCGCCAUCAUUGCCUUUGGCAUCGUUGUGGCUCGUGUUUGGUGUCCGACAAUUGGAACAUUUAUUCUCAGUGGAGUGCUUCAAGAUCGCGAGACGGCAGCUACAUGGACCGUUGCGGCAAAACAUCUUCAAAGCUCAUACUGGCCCCUUGUGCUUCAGUCCGAUGCAACAAAGGAUCGUGGAGUCCGCAAGCCCGUCGUUAUUAUCUCACUGCUUCUACCACUUCUCAGCCUGCUGAUUGCGGUAGCAGGAGUCGUUACGCCCCUUGGCCUCUACGAGUCCAACGAACCAAAGUCGAAAGCUGUUAGGGCUGACUUUGAAUACGUGCGAGAUUCAAGCACCUUCUACUCAAGUACAUCCACCCGUGAUGACAAGCCUUUCACGAGAACAUGCACCAUCAACUUGUGCUAUGUCCCUUGCCCAUACACCUCAGAUGUUACCGUUAUUGAAACCGAUGGCACGUCGAGUAAUUGCAGCUUGUUUGGAAGCCUUGAUCCGAAUGUCCCCGAUAUUCUACGAGACAUCUACACCAGCGGCACUCAGUACGAGAGAACCACCAUUUCCAACUACUUCGACAUUGAGUGGCGCCAGACAACGACUCAGUAUGACCGCCAGAUAAACAACGGCACACCAAUCGCCGCCGGACUCUACCGACGGCUGGAGAACAUUGCACUCCUAGAUACGGUACGCGCCGUUGAAGGGUUGAUUGUUGAUGCCAAAGGCGGCCGAAUCGGUUUCAGGAAUCACACCAUCCCAUCUGGCUACCCUCUCGGGGUUACGUGGACUGAAGACAUCUUGUUCUGGGAGCCCGAUGUCGAGUGUGUCGACACCAACACAACAUUCGACUUUGAAAUGACGACAAGUUCUCAGACGAGCGCCGGUGUCUCGGUUUCUAAAUUCCACCUUACCGAUAGGGGUGGCUUCGUCAACCUUAACAAGACUGAUCCAUUGGAAGAUCAACGCAACGGGGUAAACCAGCCUGAUCUAAAGAUGAGAGCGUACCAGGCCGCGUGGGCAACCAAUGCCUUUUCCAUGCUGUUCAUGAAUGUCUCGAAUGCUGGGAGCGCAAAGGAUGACACUGAGCCUUUCGAAUACAUCAACUCGAAAAUCGGAAAGGAAUUCAAGUUACCGAGUCUGGAUUUUGAUGCGAACUACCUGACACUCGGUCUCACCAACAACUUUGGUGACCACCUUGGAGUGAGGGCGACUAGCGGCCCCAGUGAUUUAUACAAGAAUCCCUGGAAUAUUACUAAUGAACACUUCAUAGCCAUAAGGGACCUAUGUGAAGGAACAAAACUCGACAUGUUCCCCAAACUGAACAACACCUUCGUCAUGUGUAACCUCAUGAGAGGCAUCCCGCAGCGAGUCGGUGAUGGUCCGGAGAACGUAUUCGACGACCAAAGUCAAUGGUCGUCUUCGUUGUACGCCUGUGCUUCAGCUGUCAAGGCCACCGUCAAGACUGUCACUUUUUUCUACAACGGCACAGAAGCGAGGUCAGGUAACAUCGAAGUCAAGGAGAUCAAGGACAAGGAGUACGCUGCAGAGGAUGACAUGCCGCUGUGGGGUGUGGAGGAUUCUCCGCUUGAGCUGGACGAGUUCCCGCCCAUCUGGGGCCUCGUUGACCCGGCGUACGAGAAGUUCCAAAACAUCUCAACAAUCCGUGCUCCAUCGCUUUAUCUCCUUGGAUCAGGCUCUAUGAGCCCCAUAAGAUGGGAGCUGGACUCCGGAUAUGUGCACAGGAACCUGCCGGCCUCGAUUGCCCCCAUCGGGGCUUUCUUUACAAUCUUCUCGUCUGUAACUGAUAGCCUGUCUCCCAACGACGUUGUUGGCAAGUCAAGUAUGAGUCUGUGGCUGAAGUGGCGAGAAUUGUCAAAGUCAGCCAACUCUGCCUCGACUAUUCUGAAACUGCUCUGGACCGAUUUUGUCGCAUCAGCUGUGGUUGGAACAAAGGGGGUGCUGGGGGUGAGAAAUGCACAACCCGAGGACGCAGCAGAGGUGUCUGUCAUUCCACUGGAGCACAGAAUUCGGUAUCGCUGGGUGUACGGCAUACCCGCAUUCCUCCUGCUCGCAUGCAUGGCACUCAUCGCAGGGUUGGCGGUCUUCUUGCGCUUGGCUGGACGAUCUAAUCUCGACAAGAUGCAUUACCGGUUGAAGCAGACGUCACUUGGCCGUGCGUUGACGACCUUGGUUGAUCCGCAGUCAAGCAACUUUUUCAUGUCUGCCAGAGACUGGAGU